AUGUCUGAGUCUGAGCGUUCUCCUGCAUAUGUUGGGAGAAGCUGGCACAAAUACUUUCAGUAUCAAGAAGGCAGGGAUUCCCCCAGCGAAGCCUGCAACGUUCUGUUGAUAAUCUCCGAUCUGAUAGCUGCCGUCACAUUUCAAGCAAACGUGAACCCGCCGGGCAGUGUUUGGCAAGAUAACGACAUUGGGCAUGUGGUAGGAACUGCUAUUUAUGCUUCCCAAAAGGCAGUCUUCUAUAUUUUCUUGAUUUUUAACACCAUGGCUCUUUCUACUUCGCUUCUUCUGGUUUUAUAUCUCACCCACAGGUUCCCUUUCUAUGUGGAAAUAUGGGUUGCCAUUAUUGGAAUGGGCGUUACUUAUGGUUCUGCAAUUUUUGUUGUUACGCCUGGGUAUUCUGUGCGUUUCCGCUAUGUGAUGCUUGCCGCUAUCGUGCCAUGGCUGCUAAGGCUUUUGUUUCAGUUGUUCUGGAGAAUUCAAUCAGUAGAUCUGCAUUUUUAG